GAUUGUGUACCAAAAAAGUCGCUCAGUAGCAACGUGUGUAUUGUUGUACUUUUUUAUAUUAAAGUGUGUGUAAAAGUUUAGCGCUUUUAAGAAUUAAAUACGAAAAUAUGGGUACGAAAAGACCGGGCACAAGUUUAGUACUGGCGCAUGAAAACAAACGCACCAAAAAUGAUCUAAUUGCCUACACCAAUCGUGAUAAGGCGUUGAUGGAAUCGGGAGUUCGACGUACAUCUAAUUUAAUGGCACCAAUAAUGCUUUUAGAAGGUCAUGAGGGAGAGAUUUUCACAACUGAAUUUCAUCCGGAUGGAGAUUUACUGCUUUCGUCUGGCUUCGAUAGACAAAUAUAUAUUUGGAAUGUAUAUGGCGAAUGUGAAAAUGUAAUGGUAAUGUCCGGUCACAGUGGUGCAGUCUUAGAAGCACAUUUUUCGACGGAUGGGUCAAAUAUUUAUACCUGUGCUACUGAUAAAACUGUUGCCAUUUGGGACAUUGUUACGGGGCAGCGAGUACGUAAACUUAAGGGACAUACAAAUUUUGUAAAUACUGUACAUCGUACACGUCGAGGCCUUCAAAUGCUCUGUUCCGGUUCUGACGACCGAACUAUAAGAAUUUGGGAUGCACGAAAAAAGAAUGCGGUACACACAUUGGAAUCGCCGUUUCAAGUAACGGCGGCAUGUUUUAAUGAUAUUGGCGACCAAGUCAUUUCGGGUGGUAUUGAUAAUGAGAUAAAAAUUUGGGAUAUACGCAAACAACAACAGGUGUUACAUCGGCUACGAGGCCAUACUGACACAAUAACAGGAAUAUCGUUGUCACCAGAUGGCUCAUAUUUACUAUCCAAUUCGAUGGAUAAUACGCUGCGAAUUUGGGAUGUGCGCCCCUAUGCUCCGGCCGAGAGGUGUGUUAAAAUUUUUCAAGGACAUCAACACAACUUUGAAAAGAAUCUAUUACGUUGCUCAUGGUCCCCUGAUGGCAGCAAGAUAUCUGCUGGUUCUGCUGAUCGAUACGUGUAUAUCUGGGACACUACAAGUCGGCGCAUAAUUUACAAACUUCCUGGUCACAAUGGCAGCGUUAAUGAUGUCGAUUUCCACACAAAGGAACCACUGAUAUUAUCUGCGUCAAGUGAUAAAACCCUGUAUCUUGGUGAAAUCGAAGAUUAGAUUUUCACUAUUUUCCUGAAGAUAAGCUUGUCAUUUCACACACGAUGUCUUCACAUAAUAUAAAAUAAAACAAAGAGGAUUUGUGAUUGUAAUAAUAUCAACUAUGCUAAAAUGUAUAAA